AUGGCGCUGGCAUGCGCACUGGGCUGCGCGCCGUGUCAGCGUCAUCUGCUGCCCUUCGCCCUGUCCAUGUCAGAUCCAGGAACCGACCAGGGCUGCGUUGCCCAGUGCUCCCUCCUCCUGCUCCCUCCCCGCUCCGCCCAAGCACGAACGAUCCUAAACGAGAAGGCCGCCCAAGCACAGCCCUUCUCGUCGGCACCACCACGCAUCCGAGGGCCUCGCUUCACCGCUGCCGCCAUGCGUACGCUGCUGCUGACAUCUACCAAGCCCUACACCGAGUAUGCCGCAGCCCGCCCACAUGCACCCUGCCCCCGUGUAGCAGCGCAAUGCUGCCCUCUACAAGCCAUGGCCUGA